AUGAGCUCGAUCCCUUCUCAGUCGGGCGUUCAACAAGGACAGAGCACCACUUCUCCAAAGCCCGCUUCAUCUGCCCCCCUGGCUGCGACUGCCCCGGCACCAGCUAAGUCCUACGCCAACGCUGCCACGAAGAAGUCCGCGACGGACUCCUCAUCCUCUCCCGUCACCGUGGGCGGCUCAGCGCAACAUGGGAAGUCGACUCCCAACGCACCCGUGAACGGCAAACCCAUGCAGAACCAAUCCUCCCAGCAGGCUGCUUCUUCGGGUGUGACCAUUGUGAAUGGUGCCCCGACAGCUCCUGCUGCUUCAGGCGACCACUCCAGGAAGCCUUCCGUGACUAUCACCUCCGCUGGUACUUCCGGUUAUAUACCUAAUGGCGGUCCUGCGAGUCGACCCAACAGCAUUCAGUUUGGCUUCGCCAACCAACAGAGUUCUCCUAACAUGGGCAAUCCUGCUGUCCCGGCUUCCAACCAGUCGCAAUCUGGCCUAGGUGCUCCAUCGACAAACCCACGUGUGACCUCGCCUCAGACCUCGCCCUCGCCCAUUCCACAACCCGCUUCGAGUGGUGGUCGUCCACCAUCGACAUACCAGGCACAAGGGAAUGUUCCGAACUUUGGAAGCUUCGGUGAGACUGGUGAUAACAACUUGCGACCAACCCCGCAGGCACCUCUCGGUCCCGGUACACACUUGCGUCGCGAGUCCUCACAGUCCACCCACAGCGACAUGAGUAACCACAUGGGCAGUGCUCCAGGACGCGGUGGCUACCCCCACCAGGGUGGCCGCGGUCGUGGAUUCUCUCAGUCCGGUUACCAGGGACAAAUGCAAUACUCGCCUGGCCCCAACUUCCGACAGCCCAACCAACCCCGUGGCGGUCCCAACAUGGGUCCUCAGUUCCACGGCCCUAACCAGGGUCGUCCUCUGGCAGCUCCAUUCCCUAACUCGCCGCACCAAGCCAACCGCAGCCCUGCUUUGGCCAACGCUCAUCCGACUACUCCCCAGAUGAACUCUGUUCCGAUGGCCCACCCCCAGAUGCCUCCCCAAUAUGGCUAUGGGCAGCACAUGGGUCCCCAAACUGUGAGAAAUAAUCCACCCCCUUCGCACCACCAUUCUGGGAAGCCCGCCCGACGUGGCUAUACCAAAAAUGGUUAUUCUAAACCCAGAGGAAAACGAGAAGACCCUUUGCAGCAGCCCGUUUCCCUCCCACGGCGUCUGGACUUUGCACCGGAAAGCGGCCAAUUUGAACAAGUUCUAACAAUGAUUAAAAACCAGGGUUACCCUUACGAUCCCAACUACCCCUAUUACAACCCCGGAUACGGCAUGCAGGGAGUUCAAUACAUGACUCCCCCGUCGCCUCAACCCCGCCCCGGAAUGCCUUACAACCCCCAGGCACCUGGAUACAUGCAGGGCCAGUACCCUGUUCAGCCUCCCCCGCAGUCGACUCCUCUUUCCCGUACACCUUCCCAAGUUUCCACUGACCGUCCAGGCUCGAGUCUCGGCCAAACUGCUGUACCUGCUGGUGCUCCCGCUUCUAGCCAUGGUCACUCUGCUAGCAGAUCUUCUAACAGCCCUGCACCAGCUAAGCCACAUUUCAUCAUUCCUUCUGCUAAAAGAAGCCCUAUCGUCAUUAAGGAUCCUGGUAGCGGUGUUGUGAAGACUUUCGGUUCCCCCGCCUCUCCUGCUCGUGCCACUCCUUCUCCCGUGAAGAUUGCCACACCUACUUCCACCCCUCCUCCUCGCACCGCCAGUGCCAGCGAACACUCCCGCUCUGACAGCAAGGCUACCGCCGCUAAGACCGACGAGGAGAAGAAGCAGGCAUUGAAGGAUGCUGUUCGCCAGAAGAUCCAGGAAGAUGAGGCCGAAGAGGCUCGCAAGGUUGCUCAGGAGUCCAAGAAGAAUGUUGCUGAUACUGAUGCCGCCACUGCUGCUAUGGAGGAUCUGAAAUUGAAGGAUGAUAAGCCCGCUGAGGCUCCUGCUCCCACCCCCGCCCCGGCCCCGGCCGCCCCUGUCGAGGAGCCCAAGAAGACUGAAGCCCCUGCCCCUACCCCUCCCGCUGAUGACGAUGAAAUCGACUUCGACGCCAUUGAGCGUGAGAUGGCUGAGAUCGAGGCCAAGGAGAAGGCCGCCGAGGAAGAUUACUACCGCGUCAAGAAGGAAAAGAAGGAGGCCGAGGAGCGCAAGGAACGCGAGGAGCGUGAGAACUAUGAGGCCAACAUGAAGAAGGCCGAGCGUGAGGCUGAAGAGCGUGAACUCGCCAAGGAGGCUGCUCGCGCCAAGGGUGAGAGCGCUACCGCUGGAGACGGCGCCAGCAGCAAGGAAAGCCAUGACUUGUUCGAUUCCCUCAAGAAGGGUGGUUAUGGCGCAAGUGAAACUACAAGUGAAACUCCUGAUGAUACCCCGGUUUCGUCCGAGAUGGGUCCUCCUGCUAAGCCUGCCAGCGCACUUCCCAAGAAGAGCGGCUUGAAGUUGGAUACUCCCAAGCCUACCGAGCCACCUCGUCCCAGCGCUGCUAUGAAUUCCUUGAAAAAUGCCAAGUUCCUGGAAGAUUUGGCUAAGGUCAUUUACCCCUCUGCUAUCACUGCUCCCAAUGCUGCACUGAACACCACUGCUCCUACCGGUCGCCAAUUCCAUUACGACCGCGACUUCUUGCUGCAGUUCCAAACUGCUUUCAAGGACAAGAUCUCCGUUGACUGGGAUGCUCGCAUUCGUGACACUCUCGGUGACCCCGAGGCCCGCUCCGGUCUUCGUACCCCUGGGCCAGGCACUCCUCGCACUGGCUCGCGAAACGGCAACACACCUGGUGGUUUCCCGAUGAACUUUGGCACUGGCGGUGCUGCCGUCGGCGGCCCUCGCAGCAUGACUUCUGGUCCAUCCAUGAGUUCCCGCGGAGGUUUCCCUGCUGCUUUCCCUCCCCGUAUGGGCAGUGGUAUGGGUGGUCCUGGUAUGAUUCGCAACAACUCUAUGGGCAUGCCUGGCCGUCCCGGUUCUAGCAAGGGCCCCCGCAAUGACAGCAAGGGCGGCAGCCGCAAGAACCCCAAGAAGGAGGAUUCCUCUAUGCCUCUUACUGCUGGUCUCAAGCUGGAGGCUCUCCAGGUCUCCACUUCUGGCUGGAAGCCUCGCAGCAUUGGUCAACCUGCUGCUGGUCCCGCUCCUGGUGGCGAGGGCCACAUGCCUCCCGAUGUUGUGCAGCGUAAGGUCAAGGCUGCUCUCAACAAGAUGACCCCUGAGAAGUUCGACCGUAUCGCCGCUCAGAUCUUGGACAUUGUUUCACAAUCCAAGGACGAGUCUGAUGGACGUACUCUUCGCCAGGUCAUUCAGCUUACUUUCGAGAAGGCUACUGAUGAAGCCCACUGGGCUCCUAUGUACGCCAAGUUCUGCAAGGCCAUGCUUGAAAGUAUGAGCGCUGAGAUCAAGGACGAGAACAUCCGUGACAAGAACGGCAAUGUCGUUGCUGGUGGAAGUCUCUUCCGCAAGUACUUGCUUAACCGUUGUCAAGAGGAGUUCGAGCGUGGUUGGAAGGUCAACCUGCCCGAGAAGCCCGAUGGAACUACUGAGGAGGCUCAAAUCCUCAGUGACGAGUACUAUGUCGCCGCUGCUGCCAAGCGUCGUGGUCUUGGUCUCGUCAAGUUCAUUGGUGAGCUGUACAAGCUUACCAUGUUGACUGAGCGUAUCAUGCACGAGUGUGUGAAGAAGCUUGUCGAUUACGAGGGUAUGCCCGAUGAGGCUGAGGUCGAGAGUUUGACUAGUCUCCUGCGCACCAUUGGUGCCAGUCUGGAUGCUUCUGAGAAGGGUCCUGCUAUGAUGGACGCCUACUUCGCUCGUAUCAGCCUCAUGGUUGAGACCCCUAACCUGCCCAGCCGUUUGCGCUUCAUGCUGAUGGAUAUCAUUGACCUGCGUUCUUCACGCUGGAACUCCAAGGAUUCUGACAAGGGUCCCAAGACCAUUCAGCAAAUCCGUGAAGAGGCUGCUCGCGCACAGCAAGCAACUGAGAUGGAGCGACAGCGCCAACAAGCCAACCGUGGCGGUGGUGGUGGCCGUCCCCCCAUGGGUCGCGGCGAUGCCCGUAGUGGGUACGGCGGCUAUAACCAGGCUCCUCCUCCCGACUACGCUUCUAGCAAGGUUGGUAGCGACGAUCUGCGUCGUCUGCGUGCUACUCGCAACACCAACCAACCCAUGUCGUUCGGUCCCUCGAGCCUUCUCGGCUCACGGAGCAGCAGCGGCCGUAAGAACCUAGGCCCGGGUGGCAACCUGGUUCGUGGCAGCGAUGACAGUGCUGCCAGCAGCCGUACUGGUACUCCUCCUGCCGGCAAGAAGGAGGACAAGGAGGCCGCUUCAUCCAUGAACGCUUUCAGUGCUCUCGCCGCAUUGGAAGACAAGGAUAACAUGGCCACCUCCCCUCCCUCUACACACACCUCUCCCGUGCUCACCAAGUCGCAGCCCGCCGCUGCCGAGCGCCGGCCCUCAAAAACCCCAUCUAAGGAUGGCGAGAACGCAGCAUAG